AUAAGACAAAAACCAGUGUUCUAAUCCAAGUUUUUAACGUUAAUUGCAUUUCUAAUACGACCAAUACAGUUUUGAAAUUGACUGUUUCUGUCUGAGUUAGAGGUUGGUACAGUAUCCCAAGAUUGCUUAACUUCCAAUUCAGGGGAACCAAAAAAGAAUUUCAGUGAAAAGAAAGUAAAGAAUAAGAAAACCGGAGACACUAAAGAAUUCUUUGCUUAUGCCAAGCUCUUGACAGUGACUGAUAUGUCCAGGAUUCCCUGUCAAAAUUUGGGGCCUUAAACGGUUUAUCAACUGUUAAAUUUCCUCCUGACCCAUAUAUCCCAUGUGAGAUUUUUCAAAUAGUUUUAAUCAUUCAAAUACCCUUUCGCGUUCAAAGUUGUCAGCUUUUAUUAAACCAAGGUCUCAAAUAUUUUGCCAGUUUCAUGGUGAUUUGGAGGCAGAAGAGAGACACUAUAGUUCUUUUUGGGAGGAUUUUGGGGUUGAGUUCUGAUAUGGGGUUAUAUUGAAUUUUGUGGAGAUCUGGAAGGUGAGUAGGCAGGAGAAAUAUGGAGCCUCCGAAGGGAAUUUUGGCUACUUUGUGGAGCUUUGUAUGCUUUCUACCUUAUUUCAUUGGCUUGCUGCUGUUAGGCACAAUUAAAGGGAUCAUUUUCUGCCCACUGAUAUGUCUUAUCAUGACGAUCGGAAACUCAGCUAUCAUAUUGGGCCUUCUGCCAUAUCAUGGUUACUGGACUUGUUAUAGCAUUGUGAGAACUAAACUAUUAGGGCCAUUUCUGAAACUCAUUAUCUGCGUAUGCCUACCGGUUGUAUUGAUCUUGUGGAUGGUGGUUGGCAUUGUUGGAAGUAUCAUAGGGGGGAUAUUAUAUGGCUUUUUGUCACCAAUAUAUGCCACUUUUGAUGCUGUAGGAGAAGGAAAGACCAAUGUGUUUAUUCACUGCUUCUAUGAUGGUACUUGGAGCACUAUCAAGGGCAGCUUCACUGUUGUCAGAGAUUUCAAAGAUGUUUGUUUCCAUUCCUACAUCUCGUAUAUGGAAGAACUGAGACAGAAAAGGCCUCCAAAUGGAAAAUACUAUGAGAUCAGGUUUCUUUAUCUUCUUCCGGCUCUUACAGCUGCAGUGCUUGGUUUCAUGGUUGAUUUUCCAGUGAUUUCACUUGUUGCCCUAUGCAAAAGUCCUUACAUGCUCUAUAAGGGCUGGCUUCGAUUAUUUCAUGACCUUAUAGGUCGAGAAGGCCCUUUCUUGGAGACAAUAUGUGUACCAUUUGCUGGCCUUGCCAUCUUACUCUGGCCACUGGCUGUUGUUGGGGCAGUAUUGGGCUCGAUGGUCUCCAGUAUCUUCCUUGGUGCCUAUGCAGGGGUGGUUGUUUAUCAGGAGUCCUCAUUUUGGUUUGGGCUUUGUUACAUUGUUGCUUCCUUGUCCAUAUAUGAUGAAUACAGCAACGAUGUCCUUGACAUGCCAGAAGGAUCUUUCUUUCCCAGGCCUCAGUAUCGUAGAAACAAAAAGGAACCCAUCUCUAGUGCAAGCUCGUUUACGAAAUCCGACUCUAAAUCUCGUCCUCUUGCUCGCAUUGAUUCACAUACAAAUACAGGAAUUGAUUUAAAGCCACUUGAGCUACUUGCGGGAUUUUUCAAGGAUUGCUGCCAGCAAGGUGAAAAAUUGGUUUCCGAAGGGCUUAUAACUCCUGAAGACAUUGAAGAUGCCAAGUCUAGCAAAGGAAGUAGAGUGGUCAGCAUAGGCUUACCAGCUUAUUGCUUUCUUCAGGCACUCUUGCGCUCUGUGAAUUCCAAUAGAUCUGGCAUAUUAUUGAGUGACAAUACUGAAAUAACGGCCACAAACAGACCAAAAGACGUGUUCUUUGAUUGGUUUCUUAACCCCUUUUUGAUACUAAAGGAGCAAAUAAAAGCGCAGAAUCUUUCCGAGGAAGAGGAGGAUUACUUUGGCAAAUUAGUUUUGCUGUGUGGUGAUCCGGCAAGGUUGAAAAAUAUCGACUCUCCAUCUGAAUCUGAGCGUAAACGAGCUGAACUUGAUGCAUUAGCCCGAAGGUUACAAGGGAUUACCAAAUCUGCGUCAAGGUAUCCAACUUUCAGGCGUUAUUUUGAGAAACUUGUCAAAACACUAUCCGAGGAUUUGUCAAAAAAGAACGGGCCUCAACCUGUUCAGAGAUCAAAGAGCGCCUUCAUUCGGAUAUUUAGCGAUAAAUCUUUCAAGCGGAAUACAAGCCACAACAUGUCUGAUCAAGAGCCACAAUCAGUUAUUGCUAGGGAUAUAGAAAUUUUAUGAUGGAGGAUAUCAAUAUUUGUGUCCAUAAUCAUAUUUCGAUUUUGGUCGAA